GAUAUGCAAAGGAGGAAGUGAUGCCAAACCUAGAGUAGAGUAUCGACAGAAAGAGAGUGACAGAGAAUGGAAUUUAUGUCCAAGAAAGAAUGAAGAAAAUCAGAUGACAAGGAAAUAGCGCAGAAAUUAAGGACCUGACAGAUGAGUGGGAGGAUCUGGCAAAAAUAAGCACUGGCGGUUACAGUAGGAGCAUGUGAAGCCGACAGAAAGCAAGAUGCAACAGUGAAAGAAAGAAGAGAUGGACUAGUCUACACCACACCAUCAAACCAUCAACGUUAUGUGUGAUUCUGCCCCUGCCAGCUAGCAGCAGUAAAUCCAGAGGUGUUCGAGAGCAGCGAUCGGUGGGCAUAUGGUGCCGUGCUGACUGCUUCAUCUGCAGUGCAGCUAUAACUGGAGUAUCGUUUGGACUGAGAGUCCAUUAUGCAGCUGUUGUGGAAUCUCCAGCUGAAGUGUGAAUGAUGUGAGCAAGAAGAAGAAGGAACAGCUUUGUCUGCCUGGAAGAAGUAAAUAUCAGCUGAACAGUUGCUGAUACUCAUAUGACUCACAGCAUGGCGGACAGAGACGGUCAGUGGAACAGAGACAGGUAUGAUCCUGAAUCUGGGAUCUCUUCGGAAAACACCCGAGUCCAUAGAACAAGGAGCAGAAGGCCCACAUUGACAAAUGGUCAGUGUGUCAUGGCUGUACCAGCACCCUCUAUAUUAACACCAAGCUUUGACCUGGAACUUUGCAGAACACAGCUGGAGAAAGAAGGCUUCCAAAUCCCUGUCGAGGACUUUGAGACUCCUCUCAGAACAGCACUGGAACCUCCUUCCAUCCGAAGAUACCUGUUCUUCAACUCGUCUCUGUUUCAUUUCAUCAUGGCUCCAAUUGUGUAUGUGGUGCUGUGGUGUGCCGUGUACUCCAGUCUGCACCUUUACCUCAAUGAGAGCAUCAUGAACCUCUGGGUUCUUUGUCUGUGUGUGAGCCUCAUCGUCGUCGUCAUCACCGCCAUCAUCAUCCUCGUCUUCCACUACAGCAACAAAGAGAUCAACGUGAAUACUGACGUGCGUCUGGUGCAAGUGAACGAGCGGCUCAUCGGGCACGGUCUGCUCCUGGGAGUGGCGGACUGGAUUGAAAAGUGCACUGGGAAAAUGCAGCUUUGCGGUGUGUUCUGGGAUUUGGGUCCCUGCUUGCGAACCCUGACAGAAACUUUAGAGGAACUGGGCUUGGUCAGAGAUGAGAUAAAGAACAAACUGAAGAAAAGAAUGUCCCACCUCGUAGUAGUGGCUGAAGUCCCAUCCACUGAGCCUGAUGCUGGAGAGAUCAGUGAGGGGUUUGAUGAAGAGCAUCCCCUGCUGGGAGGGGACAGAACAAGUCGUGCUCCACCCAAGAAAAGACAAGAAGUUAUACUGACCCAAACAUUUAGUCUGUUACCAGACUUUACUCUCUCAUAUCAGGAAAUUGCAAACCAUCUUUUGAUGAUCUACAGUGCCGUCUAUGUGAAGUUGCUGGUAUCAGAGAGACUUCCCAAUUCCUCAAGUGGCCCUCUAGAUUCAGAGAGGAAUCACUGCAAAAUGGCAUCACUUUGUCUUUGUCAGUAUGUACAGUACAAACUGUUGCAGUAGAGAGACUCAAGCUGUAAAAGACUAUCCAGAAUGCAUUUCUGUAGAAAUGCUCAAUCAUGGCAAUGUGAACAAACCUGAACCCGCUGUACUAUAAAUGUUCUUUAAAUUAUUUUCCAAGCUGCUUUGUGAAAUAAACAUAUUUCCUCUUAUAAA